AUGUCGGUUCAUCUCAAAGCGGCCUACAAAGCUCGCAUCGACAAGCUCGAGUCUCAGAAAGCCGAGCUCAAUGCAGCCAUCGACGAACUCAAGGGCGUUCACAAGAAUACCAUCGUGACACCUCUCAACAUGUCUGGCGAGGCAAUUCAAGCCGUCCUCGAUGCGCUCGGACAAGAGAAGAUUCGUGCCAUCAACGACGACAUGGACAAGCGCAUUGCUGAGGUCAUCUCCGAAUACGCAGGCCAGGGAGACCCAGCUGUGACGAGCGAGGUUCAGCGCAUCCAGGGGGCGACGUUCAUGCGGUACAUGUUCGAGGUGCAGACGCCGAGUGCCGAGGGCGACACAGGCUCUUAG